AUGCGCAGUACGGAGACAGCGUGUGAUGAUAUGGGCGUGGCCAUAUCCAUAUACGGAUCAGGGGCGGAGCCUAAAGGGGAGCAGAGGGCGGGGCCCAAGGGCGUGGUUAUGGGGCUACAGGGCGGGGCGGGAGAUCCUGCGCAGGCGCAGUGCGGGCGGGCGCGCGGGGCGCGGGGCCGCGGUUUAAAGGGGCCGCGGCGCGGGGAGCCCGGAACCCCCCGGGACCCCCGGGACCUUCCGGGACCCCCGAGCCCCCCGGCAUCCCUCGGCACGCCCCGGGACCCCCGGGAACCCCCCGAGCCCGCCAUGGUCUGCGGAGGCUUCGCCUGUUCGCGCAACGCGCUCUGCGCCCUCAACGUGGUUUAUGUGCUGGUGGGGGUGCUGCUGGUGGCCGUGGCGGGCUGGGCGCGGGGCCUGGCCGGGGGCUCCAGCCCCCCCCUGCUCGGAGGAGCCUUCGCCGUCGGAGUCUUCCUCCUGCUGAUCGCGGGGCUGGGGCUGCUCGGGGCCCUGCGGCACCACCAGGUCCUGCUCUUCUUCGUAUCCUUUUUGGGGGGGGGAACCUCCGAGGGACCCCCGGCACCCGCAGCCCCUCUGCGAGCCCCCCGCCCCCCUGGGCACCGGAGGUGCCAGUUCCCCCCGGGGGGAGCCCCCCCGUGCCCCCCCUGCGCCCCCCAACUGCUGCAGCACUCGGACCAGGCCCUCAAGAUUCUGGGGGGGGUGCACAGGUGGGGCUGA